AUGAGCGAUGAGGAGAGUGAGGAGUGCGAAGGUGGUAAGAGGGAGAGUGAGGAGUGCGAAGGUGGUAAGAGGGAGAGUGAGGAGUGCGAAGGUGGUAAGAGGGAGAGUGAGGAGUGCGAAGGUGGUAAGAGGGAGAGUGAGGAGUGCGAAGGUGGUAAGAGGGAGAGUGAGGAGUGCGAAGGUGGUAAGAGGGAGAGUGAGGAGUGCGAAGGUGGUAAGAGGGAGAGUGAGGAGUGCGAAGGUGGUAAGAGGGAGAGUGAGGAGUGCGAAGGUGGUAAGAGGGAGAGUGAGGAGUGCGAAGGUGACAAGAGGGAGAGUGAGGAGUGCGAAGGUGACAAGAGGGAGAGUGAGGAGUGCGAAGGUGGUAAGAGGGAGAGUGAGGAGUGCGAAGGUGGUAAGAGGGAGAGUGAGGAGUGCGAAGGUGGUAAGAGGGAGAGUGAGGAGUGCGAAGGUGGUAAGAGGGAGAGUGAGGAGUGCGAAGGUGGUAAGAGGGAGAGUGAGGAGUGCGAAGGUGGUAAGAGGGAGAGUGAGGAGUGCGAAGGUGGUAAGAGGGAGAGUGAGGAGUGCGAAGGUGGUAAGAGGGAGAGUGAGGAGUGCGAAGGUGGUAAGAGGGAGAGUGAGGAGUGCGAAGGAGGUAAGAGGGAGAGUGAGGAGUGCGAAGGUGGUAAGAGGGAGAGUGAGGAGUGCGAAGGUGACAAGAGGGAGAGUGAGGAGUGCGAAGGAGACAAGAGGGAGAGUGAGGAGUGCGAAGGUGACAAGAGGGAGAGUGAGGAGUGCGAAGGUGACAAGAGGGAGAGUGAGGAGUGCGAAGGUGACAAGAGGGAGAGUGAGGAGUGCGAAGGUGGUAAGAGGGAGAGUGAGGAGUGCGAAGGUGGUAGAGGGAGAGUGAGGAGUGCGAAGGUGAGGGAGAGUGAGGAGUGCGAAGGUGACAAGAGGGAGAGUGAGGAGUGCGAAGGUGGUAAGAGGGAGAGUGAGGAGUGCGAAGGUGGUAAGAGGGAGAGUGAGGAGUGCGAAGGUGGUAAGAGGGAGAGUGAGGAGUGCGAAGGUGGUAAGAGGGAGAGUGAGGAGUGCGAAGGAGGUAAGAGGGAGAGUGAGGAGUGCGAAGGUGACAAGAGGGAGAGUGAGGAGUGCGAAGGUGACAAGAGGGAGAGUGAGGAGUGCGAAGGAGACAAGAGGGAGAGUGAGGAGUGCGAAGGUGACAAGAGGGAGAGUGAGGAGUGCGAAGGUGACAAGAGGGAGAGUGAGGAGUGCGAAGGUGACAAGAGGGAGAGUGAGGAGUGCGAAGGUGGUAAGAGGGAGAGUGAGGAGUGCGAAGGUGGUAAGAGGGAGAGUGAGGAGUGCGAAGGUGGUAAGAGGGAGAGUGAGGAGUGCGAAGGUGGUAAGAGGGAGAGUGAGGAGUGCGAAGGUGACAAGAGGGAGAGUGAGGAGUGCGAAGGUGGUAAGAGGGAGAGUGAGGAGUGCGAAGGUGGUAAGAGGGAGAGUGAGGAGUGCGAAGGUGGUAAGAGGGAGAGUGAGGAGUGCGAAGGUGGUAAGAGGGAGAGUGAGGAGUGCGAAGGUGGUAAGAGGGAGAGUGAGGAGUGCGAAGGUGGUAAGAGGGAGAGUGAGGAGUGCGAAGGUGGUAAGAGGGAGAGUGAGGAGUGCGAAGGUGACAAGAGGGAGAGUGAGGAGUGCGAAGGUGGUAAGAGGGAGAGUGAGGAGUGCGAAGGUGGUAAGAGGGAGAGUGAGGAGUGCGAAGGUGACAAGAGGGAGAGUGAGGAGUGCGAAGGUGGUAAGAGGGAGAGUGAGGAGUGCGAAGGUGGUAAGAGGGAGAGUGAGGAGUGCGAAGGAGGUAAGAGGGAGAGUGAGGAGUGCGAAGGUGACAAGAGGGAGAGUGAGGAGUGCGAAGGUGACAAGAGGGAGAGUGAGGAGUGCGAAGGAGACAAGAGGGAGAGUGAGGAGUGCGAAGGUGACAAGAGGGAGAGUGAGGAGUGCGAAGGUGACAAGAGGGAGAGUGAGGAGUGCGAAGGUGACAAGAGGGAGAGUGAGGAGUGCGAAGGUGGUAAGAGGGAGAGUGAGGAGUGCGAAGGUGGUAAGAGGGAGAGUGAGGAGUGCGAAGGUGGUAAGAGGGAGAGUGAGGAGUGCGAAGGUGGUAAGAGGGAGAGUGAGGAGUGCGAAGGUGACAAGAGGGAGAGUGAGGAGUGCGAAGGUGGUAAGAGGGAGAGUGAGGAGUGCGAAGGUGGUAAGAGGGAGAGUGAGGAGUGCGAAGGUGGUAAGAGGGAGAGUGAGGAGUGCGAAGGUGGUAAGAGGGAGAGUGAGGAGUGCGAAGGUGGUAAGAGGGAGAGUGAGGAGUGCGAAGGUGGUAAGAGGGAGAGUGAGGAGUGCGAAGGUGGUAAGAGGGAGAGUGAGGAGUGCGAAGGUGACAAGAGGGAGAGUGAGGAGUGCGAAGGUGGUAAGAGGGAGAGUGAGGAGUGCGAAGGAGGUAAGAGGGAGAGUGAGGAGUGCGAAGGUGACAAGAGGGAGAGUGAGGAGUGCGAAGGUGACAAGAGGGAGAGUGAGGAGUGCGAAGGUGACAAGAGGGAGAGUGAGGAGUGCGAAGGUGGUAAGAGGGAGAGUGAGGAGUGCGAAGGUGGUAAGAGGGAGAGUGAGGAGUGCGAAGGUGGUAAGAGGGAGAGUGAGGAGUGCGAAGGUGGUAAGAGGGAGAGUGAGGAGUGCGAAGGUGACAAGAGGGAGAGUGAGGAGUGCGAAGGUGGUAAGAGGGAGAGUGAGGAGUGCGAAGGUGGUAAGAGGGAGAGUGAGGAGUGCGAAGGUGGUAAGAGGGAGAGUGAGGAGUGCGAAGGUGGUAAGAGGGAGAGUGAGGAGUGCGAAGGUGGUAAGAGGGAGAGUGAGGAGUGCGAAGGUGGUAAGAGGGAGAGUGAGGAGUGCGAAGGUGGUAAGAGGGAGAGUGAGGAGUGCGAAGGUGGUAAGAGGGAGAGUGAGGAGUGCGAAGGUGGUAAGAGGGAGAGUGAGGAGUGCGAAGGUGGUAAGAGGGAGAGUGAGGAGUGCGAAGGAGGUAAGAGGGAGAGUGAGGAGUGCGAAGGAGACAAGAGGGAGAGUGAGGAGUGCGAAGGUGACAAGAGGGAGAGUGAGGAGUGCGAAGGUGACAAGAGGGAGAGUGAGGAGUGCGAAGGUGACAAGAGGGAGAGUGAGGAGUGCGAAGGUGGUAAGAGGGAGAGUGAGGAGUGCGAAGGUGGUAAGAGGGAGAGUGAGGAGUGCGAAGGUGGUAAGAGGGAGAGUGAGGAGUGCGAAGGUGGUAAGAGGGAGAGUGAGGAGUGCGAAGGUGACAAGAGGGAGAGUGAGGAGUGCGAAGGUGGUAAGAGGGAGAGUGAGGAGUGCGAAGGUGGUAAGAGGGAGAGUGAGGAGUGCGAAGGUGGUAAGAGGGAGAGUGAGGAGUGCGAAGGUGGUAAGAGGGAGAGUGAGGAGUGCGAAGGUGGUAAGAGGGAGAGUGAGGAGUGCGAAGGUGGUAAGAGGGAGAGUGAGGAGUGCGAAGGUGGUAAGAGGGAGAGUGAGGAGUGCGAAGGAGGUAAGAGGGAGAGUGAGGAGUGCGAAGGUGACAAGAGCGAGAGUGAGGAGUGCGAAGGUGACAAGAGCGAGAGUGAGGAGUGCGAAGGAGACAAGAGGGAGAGUGAGGAGUGCGAAGGUGACAAGAGGGAGAGUGAGGAGUGCGAAGGUGACAAGAGGGAGAGUGAGGAGUGCGAAGGUGACAAGAGGGAGAGUGAGGAGUGCGAAGGUGGUAAGAGGGAGAGUGAGGAGUGCGAAGGUGGUAGAGGGAGAGUGAGGAGUGCGAAGGUGAGGGAGAGUGAGGAGUGCGAAGGUGGUAAGAGGGAGAGUGAGGAGUGCGAAGGUGGUAAGAGGGAGAGUGAGGAGUGCGAAGGUGACAAGAGGGAGAGUGAGGAGUGCGAAGGUGACAAGAGGGAGAGUGAGGAGUGCGAAGGUGGUAAGAGGGAGAGUGAGGAGUGCGAAGGUGGUAAGAGGGAGAGUGAGGAGUGCGAAGGUGGUAAGAGGGAGAGUGAGGAGUGCGAAGGUGGUAAGAGGGAGAGUGAGGAGUGCGAAGGUGGUAAGAGGGAGAGUGAGGAGUGCGAAGGUGGUAAGAGGGAGAGUGAGGAGUGCGAAGGUGGUAAGAGGGAGAGUGAGGAGUGCGAAGGAGGUAAGAGGGAGAGUGAGGAGUGCGAAGGAGACAAGAGGGAGAGUGAGGAGUGCGAAGGUGACAAGAGGGAGAGUGAGGAGUGCGAAGGUGGUAAGAGGGAGAGUGAGGAGUGCGAAGGUGGUAAGAGGGAGAGUGAGGAGUGCGAAGGUGGUAAGAGGGAGAGUGAGGAGUGCGAAGGUGGUAAGAGGGAGAGUGAGGAGUGCGAAGGUGGUAAGAGGGAGAGUGAGGAGUGCGAAGGUGACAAGAGGGAGAGUGAGGAGUGCGAAGGUGGUAAGAGGGAGAGUGAGGAGUGCGAAGGUGGUAAGAGGGAGAGUGAGGAGUGCGAAGGUGGUAAGAGGGAGAGUGAGGAGUGCGAAGGUGGUAAGAGGGAGAGUGAGGAGUGCGAAGGUGGUAAGAGGGAGAGUGAGGAGUGCGAAGGUGGUAAGAGGGAGAGUGAGGAGUGCGAAGGAGGUAAGAGGGAGAGUGAGGAGUGCGAAGGUGACAAGAGGGAGAGUGAGGAGUGCGAAGGUGACAAGAGGGAGAGUGAGGAGUGCGAAGGAGACAAGAGGGAGAGUGAGGAGUGCGAAGGUGACAAGAGGGAGAGUGAGGAGUGCGAAGGUGACAAGAGGGAGAGUGAGGAGUGCGAAGGUGACAAGAGGGAGAGUGAGGAGUGCGAAGGUGGUAAGAGGGAGAGUGAGGAGUGCGAAGGUGGUAAGAGGGAGAGUGAGGAGUGCGAAGGUGGUAAGAGGGAGAGUGAGGAGUGCGAAGGUGGUAAGAGGGAGAGUGAGGAGUGCGAAGGUGACAAGAGGGAGAGUGAGGAGUGCGAAGGAGACAAGAGGGAGAGUGAGGAGUGCGAAGGUGACAAGAGGGAGAGUGAGGAGUGCGAAGGUGACAAGAGGGAGAGUGAGGAGUGCGAAGGUGACAAGAGGGAGAGUGAGGAGUGCGAAGGUGGUAAGAGGGAGAGUGAGGAGUGCGAAGGUGGUAGAGGGAGAGUGAGGAGUGCGAAGGUGAGGGAGAGUGAGGAGUGCGAAGGUGGUAAGAGGGAGAGUGAGGAGUGCGAAGGUGGUAAGAGGGAGAGUGAGGAGUGCGAAGGUGGUAAGAGGGAGAGUGAGGAGUGCGAAGGUGGUAAGAGGGAGAGUGAGGAGUGCGAAGGUGGUAAGAGGGAGAGUGAGGAGUGCGAAGGAGGUAAGAGGGAGAGUGAGGAGUGCGAAGGUGACAAGAGGGAGAGUGAGGAGUGCGAAGGUGACAAGAGGGAGAGUGAGGAGUGCGAAGGAGACAAGAGGGAGAGUGAGGAGUGCGAAGGUGACAAGAGGGAGAGUGAGGAGUGCGAAGGUGACAAGAGGGAGAGUGAGGAGUGCGAAGGUGACAAGAGGGAGAGUGAGGAGUGCGAAGGUGGUAAGAGGGAGAGUGAGGAGUGCGAAGGUGGUAAGAGGGAGAGUGAGGAGUGCGAAGGUGGUAAGAGGGAGAGUGAGGAGUGCGAAGGUGGUAAGAGGGAGAGUGAGGAGUGCGAAGGUGACAAGAGGGAGAGUGAGGAGUGCGAAGGUGGUAAGAGGGAGAGUGAGGAGUGCGAAGGUGGUAAGAGGGAGAGUGAGGAGUGCGAAGGUGGUAAGAGGGAGAGUGAGGAGUGCGAAGGUGGUAAGAGGGAGAGUGAGGAGUGCGAAGGUGGUAAGAGGGAGAGUGAGGAGUGCGAAGGUGGUAAGAGGGAGAGUGAGGAGUGCGAAGGUGGUAAGAGGGAGAGUGAGGAGUGCGAAGGUGACAAGAGGGAGAGUGAGGAGUGCGAAGGUGACAAGAGGGAGAGUGAGGAGUGCGAAGGUGACAAGAGGGAGAGUGAGGAGUGCGAAGGUGACAAGAGGGAGAGUGAGGAGUGCGAAGGUGACAAGAGGGAGAGUGAGGAGUGCGAAGGUGACAAGAGGGAGAGUGAGGAGUGCGAAGGUGGUAAGAGGGAGAGUGAGGAGUGCGAAGGUGGUAAGAGGGAGAGUGAGGAGUGCGAAGGUGGUAAGAGGGAGAGUGAGGAGUGCGAAGGUGGUAAGAGGGAGAGUGAGGAGUGCGAAGGUGACAAGAGGGAGAGUGAGGAGUGCGAAGGUGGUAAGAGGGAGAGUGAGGAGUGCGAAGGUGGUAAGAGGGAGAGUGAGGAGUGCGAAGGUGGUAAGAGGGAGAGUGAGGAGUGCGAAGGUGGUAAGAGGGAGAGUGAGGAGUGCGAAGGUGGUAAGAGGGAGAGUGAGGAGUGCGAAGGUGGUAAGAGGGAGAGUGAGGAGUGCGAAGGUGGUAAGAGGGAGAGUGAGGAGUGCGAAGGUGGUAAGAGGGAGAGUGAGGAGUGCGAAGGUGGUAAGAGGGAGAGUGAGGAGUGCGAAGGUGGUAAGAGGGAGAGUGAGGAGUGCGAAGGAGGUAAGAGGGAGAGUGAGGAGUGCGAAGGAGACAAGAGGGAGAGUGAGGAGUGCGAAGGUGACAAGAGGGAGAGUGAGGAGUGCGAAGGUGACAAGAGGGAGAGUGAGGAGUGCGAAGGUGACAAGAGGGAGAGUGAGGAGUGCGAAGGUGGUAAGAGGGAGAGUGAGGAGUGCGAAGGUGGUAAGAGGGAGAGUGAGGAGUGCGAAGGUGGUAAGAGGGAGAGUGAGGAGUGCGAAGGUGGUAAGAGGGAGAGUGAGGAGUGCGAAGGUGACAAGAGGGAGAGUGAGGAGUGCGAAGGUGGUAAGAGGGAGAGUGAGGAGUGCGAAGGUGGUAAGAGGGAGAGUGAGGAGUGCGAAGGUGGUAAGAGGGAGAGUGAGGAGUGCGAAGGUGGUAAGAGGGAGAGUGAGGAGUGCGAAGGUGACAAGAGGGAGAGUGAGGAGUGCGAAGGUGGUAAGAGGGAGAGUGAGGAGUGCGAAGGAGGUAAGAGGGAGAGUGAGGAGUGCGAAGGUGACAAGAGGGAGAGUGAGGAGUGCGAAGGUGACAAGAGGGAGAGUGAGGAGUGCGAAGGUGGUAAGAGGGAGAGUGAGGAGUGCGAAGGUGGUAAGAGGGAGAGUGAGGAGUGCGAAGGUGGUAAGAGGGAGAGUGAGGAGUGCGAAGGUGGUAAGAGGGAGAGUGAGGAGUGCGAAGGUGGUAAGAGGGAGAGUGAGGAGUGCGAAGGAGGUAAGAGGGAGAGUGAGGAGUGCGAAGGUGACAAGAGGGAGAGUGAGGAGUGCGAAGGUGACAAGAGGGAGAGUGAGGAGUGCGAAGGAGACAAGAGGGAGAGUGAGGAGUGCGAAGGUGACAAGAGGGAGAGUGAGGAGUGCGAAGGUGACAAGAGGGAGAGUGAGGAGUGCGAAGGUGACAAGAGGGAGAGUGAGGAGUGCGAAGGUGGUAAGAGGGAGAGUGAGGAGUGCGAAGGUGGUAAGAGGGAGAGUGAGGAGUGCGAAGGUGGUAAGAGGGAGAGUGAGGAGUGCGAAGGUGGUAAGAGGGAGAGUGAGGAGUGCGAAGGUGACAAGAGGGAGAGUGAGGAGUGCGAAGGAGACAAGAGGGAGAGUGAGGAGUGCGAAGGUGACAAGAGGGAGAGUGAGGAGUGCGAAGGUGACAAGAGGGAGAGUGAGGAGUGCGAAGGUGACAAGAGGGAGAGUGAGGAGUGCGAAGGUGGUAAGAGGGAGAGUGAGGAGUGCGAAGGUGGUAGAGGGAGAGUGAGGAGUGCGAAGGUGAGGGAGAGUGAGGAGUGCGAAGGUGGUAAGAGGGAGAGUGAGGAGUGCGAAGGUGGUAAGAGGGAGAGUGAGGAGUGCGAAGGUGGUAAGAGGGAGAGUGAGGAGUGCGAAGGUGGUAAGAGGGAGAGUGAGGAGUGCGAAGGUGGUAAGAGGGAGAGUGAGGAGUGCGAAGGAGGUAAGAGGGAGAGUGAGGAGUGCGAAGGUGACAAGAGGGAGAGUGAGGAGUGCGAAGGUGACAAGAGGGAGAGUGAGGAGUGCGAAGGAGACAAGAGGGAGAGUGAGGAGUGCGAAGGUGACAAGAGGGAGAGUGAGGAGUGCGAAGGUGACAAGAGGGAGAGUGAGGAGUGCGAAGGUGACAAGAGGGAGAGUGAGGAGUGCGAAGGUGGUAAGAGGGAGAGUGAGGAGUGCGAAGGUGGUAAGAGGGAGAGUGAGGAGUGCGAAGGUGGUAAGAGGGAGAGUGAGGAGUGCGAAGGUGGUAAGAGGGAGAGUGAGGAGUGCGAAGGUGACAAGAGGGAGAGUGAGGAGUGCGAAGGUGGUAAGAGGGAGAGUGAGGAGUGCGAAGGUGGUAAGAGGGAGAGUGAGGAGUGCGAAGGUGGUAAGAGGGAGAGUGAGGAGUGCGAAGGUGGUAAGAGGGAGAGUGAGGAGUGCGAAGGUGGUAAGAGGGAGAGUGAGGAGUGCGAAGGUGGUAAGAGGGAGAGUGAGGAGUGCGAAGGUGGUAAGAGGGAGAGUGAGGAGUGCGAAGGUGACAAGAGGGAGAGUGAGGAGUGCGAAGGUGACAAGAGGGAGAGUGAGGAGUGCGAAGGUGACAAGAGGGAGAGUGAGGAGUGCGAAGGUGACAAGAGGGAGAGUGAGGAGUGCGAAGGUGACAAGAGGGAGAGUGAGGAGUGCGAAGGUGACAAGAGGGAGAGUGAGGAGUGCGAAGGUGGUAAGAGGGAGAGUGAGGAGUGCGAAGGUGGUAAGAGGGAGAGUGAGGAGUGCGAAGGUGGUAAGAGGGAGAGUGAGGAGUGCGAAGGUGGUAAGAGGGAGAGUGAGGAGUGCGAAGGUGACAAGAGGGAGAGUGAGGAGUGCGAAGGUGGUAAGAGGGAGAGUGAGGAGUGCGAAGGUGGUAAGAGGGAGAGUGAGGAGUGCGAAGGUGGUAAGAGGGAGAGUGAGGAGUGCGAAGGUGGUAAGAGGGAGAGUGAGGAGUGCGAAGGUGGUAAGAGGGAGAGUGAGGAGUGCGAAGGUGGUAAGAGGGAGAGUGAGGAGUGCGAAGGUGGUAAGAGGGAGAGUGAGGAGUGCGAAGGUGGUAAGAGGGAGAGUGAGGAGUGCGAAGGUGGUAAGAGGGAGAGUGAGGAGUGCGAAGGUGGUAAGAGGGAGAGUGAGGAGUGCGAAGGAGGUAAGAGGGAGAGUGAGGAGUGCGAAGGAGACAAGAGGGAGAGUGAGGAGUGCGAAGGUGACAAGAGGGAGAGUGAGGAGUGCGAAGGUGACAAGAGGGAGAGUGAGGAGUGCGAAGGUGACAAGAGGGAGAGUGAGGAGUGCGAAGGUGGUAAGAGGGAGAGUGAGGAGUGCGAAGGUGGUAAGAGGGAGAGUGAGGAGUGCGAAGGUGGUAAGAGGGAGAGUGAGGAGUGCGAAGGUGGUAAGAGGGAGAGUGAGGAGUGCGAAGGUGACAAGAGGGAGAGUGAGGAGUGCGAAGGUGGUAAGAGGGAGAGUGAGGAGUGCGAAGGUGGUAAGAGGGAGAGUGAGGAGUGCGAAGGUGGUAAGAGGGAGAGUGAGGAGUGCGAAGGUGGUAAGAGGGAGAGUGAGGAGUGCGAAGGUGGUAAGAGGGAGAGUGAGGAGUGCGAAGGUGGUAAGAGGGAGAGUGAGGAGUGCGAAGGUGACAAGAGGGAGAGUGAGGAGUGCGAAGGUGACAAGAGGGAGAGUGAGGAGUGCGAAGGUGACAAGAGGGAGAGUGAGGAGUGCGAAGGUGACAAGAGGGAGAGUGAGGAGUGCGAAGGUGACAAGAGGGAGAGUGAGGAGUGCGAAGGUGACAAGAGGGAGAGUGAGGAGUGCGAAGGUGGUAAGAGGGAGAGUGAGGAGUGCGAAGGUGGUAAGAGGGAGAGUGAGGAGUGCGAAGGUGGUAAGAGGGAGAGUGAGGAGUGCGAAGGUGGUAAGAGGGAGAGUGAGGAGUGCGAAGGUGACAAGAGGGAGAGUGAGGAGUGCGAAGGUGGUAAGAGGGAGAGUGAGGAGUGCGAAGGUGGUAAGAGGGAGAGUGAGGAGUGCGAAGGUGGUAAGAGGGAGAGUGAGGAGUGCGAAGGUGGUAAGAGGGAGAGUGAGGAGUGCGAAGGUGGUAAGAGGGAGAGUGAGGAGUGCGAAGGUGGUAAGAGGGAGAGUGAGGAGUGCGAAGGUGGUAAGAGGGAGAGUGAGGAGUGCGAAGGUGGUAAGAGGGAGAGUGAGGAGUGCGAAGGUGACAAGAGGGAGAGUGAGGAGUGCGAAGGUGGUAAGAGGGAGAGUGAGGAGUGCGAAGGAGGUAAGAGGGAGAGUGAGGAGUGCGAAGGUGACAAGAGGGAGAGUGAGGAGUGCGAAGGUGACAAGAGGGAGAGUGAGGAGUGCGAAGGUGACAAGAGGGAGAGUGAGGAGUGCGAAGGUGGUAAGAGGGAGAGUGAGGAGUGCGAAGGUGGUAAGAGGGAGAGUGAGGAGUGCGAAGGUGGUAAGAGGGAGAGUGAGGAGUGCGAAGGUGGUAAGAGGGAGAGUGAGGAGUGCGAAGGUGACAAGAGGGAGAGUGAGGAGUGCGAAGGUGGUAAGAGGGAGAGUGAGGAGUGCGAAGGUGGUAAGAGGGAGAGUGAGGAGUGCGAAGGUGGUAAGAGGGAGAGUGAGGAGUGCGAAGGUGGUAAGAGGGAGAGUGAGGAGUGCGAAGGUGGUAAGAGGGAGAGUGAGGAGUGCGAAGGUGGUAAGAGGGAGAGUGAGGAGUGCGAAGGUGACAAGAGGGAGAGUGAGGAGUGCGAAGGUGGUAAGAGGGAGAGUGCGGAGUGCGAAGGUGGUAAGAGGGAGAGUGAGGAGUGCGAAGGUGGUAAGAGGGAGAGUGAGGAGCGCGAAGGUGGUAAGAGGGAGAGUGAGGAGUGCGAAGGUGGUAAGAGGGAGAGUGAGGAGUGCGAAGGUGGUAAGAGGGAGAGUGAGGAGUGCGAAGGUGGUAAGAGGGAGAGUGAGGAGUGCGAAGGUGGUAAGAGGGAGAGUGAGGAGUGCGAAGGUGGUAAGAGGGAGAGUGAGGAGUGCGAAGGAGGUAAGAGGGAGAGUGAGGAGUGCGAAGGUGGUAAGAGGGAGAGUGAGGAGUGCGAAGGUGACAAGAGGGAGAGUGAGGAGUGCGAAGGAGACAAGAGGGAGAGUGAGGAGUGCGAAGGUGACAAGAGGGAGAGUGAGGAGUGCGAAGGUGACAAGAGGGAGAGUGAGGAGUGCGAAGGUGACAAGAGGGAGAGUGAGGAGUGCGAAGGUGGUAAGAGGGAGAGUGAGGAGUGCGAAGGUGGUAAGAGGGAGAGUGAGGAGUGCGAAGGUGGUAAGAGGGAGAGUGAGGAGUGCGAAGGUGGUAAGAGGGAGAGUGAGGAGUGCGAAGGUGACAAGAGGGAGCGUGAGGAGUGCGAAGGUGGUAAGAGGGAGAGUGAGGAGUGCGAAGGUGGUAAGAGGGAGAGUGAGGAGUGCGAAGGUGGUAAGAGGGAGAGUGAGGAGUGCGAAGGUGGUAAGAGGGAGAGUGAGGAGUGCGAAGGUGGUAAGAGGGAGAGUGAGGAGUGCGAAGGUGGUAAGAGGGAGAGUGAGGAGUGCGAAGGUGGUAAGAGGGAGAGUGAGGAGUGCGAAGGUGGUAAGAGGGAGAGUGAGGAGUGCGAAGGUGGUAAGAGGGAGAGUGAGGAGUGCGAAGGUGGUAAGAGGGAGAGUGAGGAGUGCGAAGGAGGUAAGAGGGAGAGUGAGGAGUGCGAAGGUGACAAGAGGGAGAGUGAGGAGUGCGAAGGUGACAAGAGGGAGAGUGAGGAGUGCGAAGGUGACAAGAGGGAGAGUGAGGAGUGCGAAGGUGACAAGAGGGAGAGUGAGGGGUGCGAAGGUGACAAGAGGGAGAGUGAGGAGUGCGAAGGUGACAAGAGGGAGAGUGAGGAGUGCGAAGGUGACAAGAGGGAGAGUGAGGAGUGCGAAGGUGACAAGAGGGAGAGUGAGGAGUGCGAAGGUGACAAGAGGGAGAGUGAGGAGUGCGAAGGUGACAAGAGGGAGAGUGAGGAGUGCGAAGGUGACAAGAGGGAGAGUGAGGAGUGCGAAGGUGACAAGAGGGAGAGUGAGGAGUGCGAAGGUGACAAGAGGGAGAGUGAGGAGUGCGAAGGUGACAAGAGGGAGAGUGAGGAGUGCGAAGGUGACAAGAGGGAGAGUGAGGAGUGCGAAGGUGACAAGAGGGAGAGUGAGGAGUGCGAAGGUGACAAGAGGGAGAGUGAGGAGUGCGAAGGUGACAAGAGGGAGAGUGAGGAGUGCGAAGGUGACAAGAGGGAGAGUGAGGAGUGCGAAGGUGACAAGAGGGAGAGUGAGGAGUGCGAAGGUGAAAAGAGGGAGAGUGAGGAGUGCGAAGGUGACAAGAGGGAGAGUGAGGAGUGCGAAGGUGACAAGAGGGAGAGUGAGGAGUGCGAAGGUGGUAAGAGGGAGAGUGAGGAGUGCGAAGGUGGUAAGAGGGAGAGUGAGGAGUGCGAAGGAGGUAAGAGGGAGAGUGAGGAGUGCGAAGGUGACAAGAGGGAGAGUGAGGAGUGUGAAGGUGACAAGAGGGAGAGUGAGGAGUGCGAAGGUGACAAGAGGGAGAGUGAGGAGUGCGAAGGUGACAAGAGGGAGAGUGAGGAGUGCGAAGGUGACAAGAGGGAGAGUGAGGAGUGCGAAGGUGACAAGAGGGAGAGUGAGGAGUGCGAAGGUGACAAGAGGGAGAGUGAGGAGUGCGAAGGUGACAAGAGGGAGAGUGAGGAGUGCGAAGGUGACAAGAGGGAGAGUGAGGAGUGCGAAGGUGACAAGAGGGAGAGUGAGGAGUGCGAAGGUGACAAGAGGGAGAGUGAGGAGUGCGAAGGUGACAAGAGGGAGAGUGAGGAGUGCGAAGGUGACAAGAGGGAGAGUGAGGAGUGCGAAGGUGACAAGAGGGAGAGUGAGGAGUGCGAAGGUGACAAGAGGGAGAGUGAGGAGUGCGAAGGUGACAAGAGGGAGAGUGAGGAGUGCGAAGGUGACAAGAGGGAGAGUGAGGAGUGCGAAGGACAGCUUGCCUCUUCCAUCGCCCCGGCACACUCCCCAAUCACGUACACAUGCCCAUUGCAGCACCAGUACCAGUGA